CUUCAUGAGAGAAGCUUUGGAAGGACAUUCUGCAUUCGUGCUAGGUAGCGGUUUCGCUAGGAUGGAAGAACUGUCAGACUAUGGAUGUUUUGAGUUCUUCAUGAUCAUACUUCCUAAUUUCUUGAAGAAACUGAGGCUUCCUGACAAGUUUGCUGCGGUGCUCGACGGCCGUGAGCCCCAGGAAGUGAGGCUACGGGAGGCCGGUUGCCGGCAUCGCUUGUGGGAUGUUGAAGUAGUGUUCGACGCCGACCGCCACAUGUACCUGAGGCGCGGCUGGGAGCAGUUUGCCCAUGCACAUGAUCUGCGGCUCGGGCACUUCCUCGUCUUAAGCUAUGACGACCGCCGCCACGUCGUGCUCACCGUGAAGGUGUUCGAUGGAAGCAUGCGUCGCAGGCACUACCAGCAUGGCGAUGUUGUUGAGAAUCCAUCUGCAGAUGAGUCGGUGCAGUUGAAUGAUCUUCAGAUGCCCUCGAAGGACUAUUUCUUAUCAGGGAAAUGUGAUCUUACAGUAGCACAGACGGCAAAAAUACAUGAAUUAGUCAGUGAAAUUCAACCUAAAAUUCCAGUGUUUAUUGUACAGAUAAAGAAGAGCAAUAUAAACCGGCGUGGUACUCUGGGGAUAUCUAAGGAAUAUGCUCUCAAAUACUUUCCAUGUGAAGAUACAAAUAUCAUUCUCCAGUUGCCUAGGAAAAACAAGGCUUGGAAAUGCAUAUUGCAUAUCAGGCCAUCCGGCAUAUGUAAUCCAGGUCGGCGCAGCCUUAAUUGGGGCCCCUUUGCUUGUGACAAUGAUGUGAGGGAGGGUGAUAUCUUCCUCUUUCAACCAAUGACAAAUGUGAAGCAGAGAAGAUUCCUAGUGACCGUACAUCUAAUUCACACUGCAACCCGUGAUCAUUCUCCUUCUGGAAGAACCUUCAUUGGCACAAAUCGCGGAACUACAAGUGCCAAGAUGGGCGGUGUGAAGGAGGAACCACCCACCAAUGGUGACGAGUACUCUUCGGAACAUGGAGAGCAUGAAGUCUCUGAGGAUUCCGAGCGAGCUUCUGAGCCUCUCUUCAUCCUGGCUGACAGAGCUUCUCUAACACCAGCACAGAAUAUGAAAUGUCUGGAGAAAGUUGAGGAGAUUAAGUUCAAACCGCCCUUUUAUGUUGCUAUCAUGGGCAAAAGCAGUGUGUGUCAGCGUGGCAGCCGAUGUUCUGCGAAGCUACACUUUGGCUCUCAGUACGCGGCCACAUAUCUAGUCCAGAAGUUUGCUGCUGGCCUUCAUCAUGGAGAGAAUAGUCCAAUCAAUUUGGUGCUUCAGCGGGAGGGGAAGAGCAGAUCAUGGCCUACCAAGCUGCAAUGUAAGUAUCGCAUGCGAGACACGAGCAAUCAUAUGACCUAUCUCAAUGGAUGGCCGUCUUUUGCCCGCGACAACCACCUGCAGGAGGGGGACAUCUGUCUCUUCAAGCUGAUGGAUAGUGAGGAGCAGCUGAGUAUGAUGGUCUACAUCGUCCGCCACUAGAAAUGUUAAGCAUGUCUUGCAUGCUGCUGCUGCAAUGAUCUUGAACUCAGGGAGUGGAAAACUAUGUGUGGCUUAUAUCCAAAUGACGGGCUCGUACGUACGACAAGAAACUUAUCUGCUUAUCUAUAUCAUUAGACGUUAUCUUAGUGUUUUCUUACUUCUGCCAGAACUUCCUUUUAAUCAGUGUAAUUUGGAUGGUUCAAGUUUGAACAAAUUAUUA